ACCCUCCCCGCUCCCCCAUCCAGCUCAGGCUGCCCAGGGCCCAUCCAUGGCCUUGUCACCUCCAGGGAUGGGCACCCACAGCUCUGAGCAGCAGUGCUGGGGUUUCACCAUCCUCUGGGGAAAGCAAUUCCUCUUCACGUCUGUUCAGAGGGCGUCUUUUAGUUUAAAGCCAUUCCCUUUUGUCCUAUCACUAUCAAACUGUGUGAAAAGUCCCUCUCCCUCCUAUUUAUCAGCUCUCUUCAGGCACUGGAAGGCCUCAGUGAGGUCUCCUCACAGCCUUCCCUUCUCCAGGCUGAACAUCCUCAGCUCCCUCAGCCUGUCUCCAUAGAGAGGUGCUCCAUCAUCUGAGCAUCCCCAUGCCCUCCUCUGGACCCACAGCCCCACAUCUCUCCUGUGCUGGGGGCCCCAGACCUGAAUGCAGUGCUCCAAACGAGGGCAGACAGAGGGAAACAAUCCCCUCCCUGCCCACUGCCCCCUCUGUUGGUGCAGCCCUGCUGGCCUUAUGGGCUGCGAGUGCACACUGCUGCCUCGUGUCCUGCUUUUCUCCACCAGAACCUCCACAUCCUACUCCACAGGGCUGUUCUGAGGGCGUCCUUCUCUCAGUAAAAUGGCUGUUCCCAAUCCCUCCUUGUCCCCUAGCCGUAAGGAGAGGCAUCUACGAUAGGUUUGGUGAGGAAGGUCUCAAAGGUGGCAUCCCUGUGGAGUCUGGCGGUGAGGAUGCUUGGACUGCUGGUUACGUGUUCCACAACAACCCCGACAAAGUCUUCAAGGAGUUCUUUGGAGGACACAACCCCUUUGCAGAGUUCUUCACCAAGGAUGGCUUGGAGGUGACCCUGCCCUUUGGAGGGCUGCGAGGAAGAGGUGUGAUGAAGCAGGACCCCCCGAUGGUGUGGGACCUCCACGUCUCCCUUGAAGAUCUCUUCUUUGGCUGCACCAAGAAGAUGAAGAUCUCCCAUCGGGUGAUGAACGAAGACGGCCAAACCAGCACCAUCAAGGACAAGAUCCUGAUCAUCGACGUGCAGCCGGGCUGGAAGCAAGGCACCAGGGUCACGUUUGAGAAGGAAGGAGACCAGGGCCCCAACGUCAUUCCAGCCGACAUCACCUUUGUUAUCCAAGAGAAACCUCACCCGAGGUUUAAAAGAACCAAGGACGACCUCAUUUACGUGGCCAAUAUCCCCCUGGGAAAGGCACUGAUUGGCUGCACGGUGGAUGUGAGGACGCUGGACGGGCGGCUGCUGAACGUCCCCAUCAAUGACAUCGUGCAGAGCACAUCUCAACCAUCCUUCUCAGCCCUCUCUCGCUUUGCAGCCCCACGUACUGCAAAGUGGUGCCUGGGGAGGGGAUGCCUCUGCUCAAGGACCCGCGGCGUAGGGGUGACCUCCUCAUCCACUUCAAUGUCUGCUUCCCCAAACGCCUCACGCCCGACAAGAAGCUGCUCCUGAGGAAUGCGCUGCUGUCCUAGGAGCUGUCAGCCUUCUGCUGUCCUGGUGAGGCUGCCAGCACUCGUUCCCCAGGUUUGGGCUGCUCCCAUCUGGCAAGACCAGAAUCACUGAGGACACCACGAGGAUUGUAACCCAACUGCACCUCCGGACCAUGGGAAAAACCCACCCCUGUAAUAAAAAUAAGGAGCCGAGGCGCAGGAAGGAGGGGACGAACCUGCGGUGAGGACAGCAGCGGCGCAGGGGACGUCAGCCAUCCCAGCUUUGUGCCACGGUGGCAGAAUGAGGCCGGCGAGCA